AUGGAUCCCCAGGCCUCUCCCCCGAAGCGGAUGACUCGAGCCAGAGCUGCAGCAAAAGCUACUGAGUCAUCGGUCAAGACCACAAAGAUCGUGACUGCCGCCGCAAAGGCAAAGACCACACGGGCUACAUCGGCUACCAUCGCCAGCAAGAGAAAGACCCGAGCUGACGACGUCGACACCGAAGACGAGGACGAGCUUCGCCAGACGGAGCCGGAGCAGCCUCUUAAAUCAGCAAUGAAGCCAGCCGCCAAAGCCACACGAGGCCGGCCCAAGAAGGUCGUGGAGCCGGAGCCCGAAGCAGCACCUGCCCCUGUGCGUGCGACUCGCGGGCGGCCCCCGAAGAAGGCCGCUUCAGAGCCCGUCAAGGAGGAGCCUGUGAGGACUACGCGUACACGCGCCAAGAAAGUACAGACGGACGAGGAGGCAGACGAGAUCAACGCCGAGCCGGUGAAGAAGACCAUUCGCGGCCGUGCGGCGACGGUCACCAAGCCGACUGUCAAGAAGUCGGUCAAGUUCGAGGAACCCGACAAGGAGAAUGUGGUUCCUGCCUCUGCCGCGACCAAGGGCAAGCCUGCUGCCAAGCCUGCUGAGUCUACAGCUGGCCUUCGAGGCAGGCCUGUUCGAAAGGCUGCUCCUGCUACGAGGGCAACCCGAACAACUAAAUCCUCGGCUGCCGAGAAGAAAGACAGCAAGGCGCCCACACCUCUGAGCCCUAAGAAGGUUACUCAGAUGCCUGUUUCAAGAGACUCGGACUCUGAGGACGAGCUGGGAGCUACUCCCAAACCCACCUUCAGGUCCCUGAUGAAGAGCCCUGUCAAGGCCAGUAUUGGUGGUAAUGCUCCCAAGCUUGCGCCUACAUCAACCCAAGACGAUGAUGAUGAGGCAACCACUACCCAGACUUUGGAUGCUGCUCCAUCCAUCAUUCUUGGCAGCCCGGCCCGUCGACCGCCUCCCUCUCCGUACAAGGAUGCCAUGAAGUCCCCAGCUAGAAGAGUGGAUAGUAUCCCUAGCCUUGGUCUAUCCACUACCAAGAAUGCCAGCAAUACCACCCAAUCGCCACACAAGGCGCCUCUGCUCCAGUCACCUGCUAAGCGACCUGCCGCGUCGCCCAUGAAGUCUCUUGGUGUUCAGCCCUCCGGAGCUCGGGACCAAAGCCGCUCGCCAAUGAAGCUGUCGUUGCUUCAAGCUUCUGCUAAACGCCCCGCUUCGCCAGUUAAGAGCGCCAUUGCGUACAAAGCCCCUGCUCCUACUAUGCUUUCCACACCACUACCUCCAGCAGACGCGUCUAUGGAGACCAAGGAAGGAGAGGAGGGUAUGGACGAGAUGGAAAUGGCCCUCAAUGAGAUGGAGGCGGAAAUGAUGCCUGACUCACCCACGAGACUCCGCUUCCCGGGCAGGCUGUCUGCAGUCCUCCCUCGUCACGCCGAUCCUGUUCUCAACGAGGCUAUGCUCACCGUCCUUGAAUCAGGAGAGGGAGACGAUGACGUAGAGGGUCAAGCUGUAGAGUCCAUCGCAGAGACGGAAGAGAUUGUCGAAGAUACUGGCGACCCAAUGGAGGUGGACGAGCCUGAGAUGGAGCAGCCCGGCUCUGCAAGCACCACUCCUCCUCAGUCGCCUCCAAAGCAACGACUUGGCAUGUUUGACUUGCGUCAAAAGGACCUGGCCCCGUAUGACGAGGUUUCAGAGUCUGAAGACGAGCUUGCGUCGAGUGGCUUGCGGAGUAGAUCCUCACCAUCUGCUAUUCUGGGCACGCCUUGCCCUGCAUCUUCCAAGUCAACACGGAGUAGGACGUCGAAUGUUUACUCGAAGAAGCUCCGCACUUCCAACUUUGGCUUUACGCCUCUCGCUAAGCAGCUGAGUGAGUGGACGGGUGCCAGUCCGCUGAAGUCGGGAAGCCAGCGCCAGACACCCCCUCGCACCGCAUCAGAGGUCGAGAACGCUUCUGCUGAGGAGUCCCCUGUGAAGAAUACGUUCUUUGAAGACGAGAUGUCUGUGCGGCCCGAGCCAGUGGAUGAAGGAUCCGUAACGCCUGAGGUGGAGGAGCCGGUCUUUGAUGACGUUCCUGUCAUUGAGGAGGACAUGGCUCUGGCAGCGGAGGCGAAUGAGAUGUCGCUUAUGGAGCCUGAGCAGGUUGAGGAUCUGCUGAAUCUGGACACGCCGGAUGACAGCAUGUCGGAAGCAAGCCAGGAGUACGGCGAUGAGAAUGCGGUCCCAAUCGACCCUGCUCUUCAGAGCGGCUCGGACCCUAUGGUCCCUCCCGUCACACCGAAGCGCAUGGUUAUGCGCGAGUUCCACACUGUAUCGAAGGUGCCUCUGAAGGCAGCGGACGACUCAACUCCUCGUCCAGUUCUGAAGAAGCGCAGUCACAGCAUCUCACGCCUUCCUGUCCAGCGACCAACACAGGGCCUCACUAGGAGUGCGACUGUCAUUUCCUAUUCUCCCAUGAAGAAGAGACGGGAGUCAACCGUCUUCGACACCGUCGACGAUGAGGAGGAACAGCCACGUGCUGGGUCUGCUCCUCCUGUGACGCCGACCAAGUCCGAGGUUGGUUGGUCCACUGCUGGAACUCCCGCCCGUACUCCUCGUCGCGAUGUAAACCCAGCCCUGCUGAGCGGCGCGGUUGUGUUUGUUGAUGUCCACACUAGCGAAGGAGCCGACGCGAGUGGCAUCUUCGUGGAGUUGCUUAGCCAGAUGGGAGCCCGCUGCGUCAAGAGCUGGCCGUGGAAUCCCAGCAGUCCCCCUAGCAAGGAGUCGGCUGCUUCGGGCUCGCACAAAGUUGGCAUCACCCAUGUUGUCUACAAGGAUGGUGGUAAGCGGACUUUGGAGAAGGUUCGCGAGAGUGACGGAGUCGUCCAGUGCGUUGGAGUCAGCUGGGUUCUUGACUGUGAGCGAGAGAACGAAUGGCUUGAUGAAGCCCCGUACUACAUUGACACUUCGUUGGUUCCUCGUGGUGGUCAUCGCCGCCGUAAGAGCAUGGAGCCAAGAGCCUUUGCCAACCUCAAUGGCAUGCUUGUCCCGACUCCCGUGAAGAACGGAGGUAGCGGUACUGCUCGACAGUCUCAGUCUCUUCCUGCUACACCGGUCAACCGCCGUGACAGCGCUCUCUGGAUGCAUACUCCAGAGGACGAGGAUGAUGAGAACCAUGAUCAGGAUGGUAUCCACGAGGAUGACUGGGAAGUUGCCGAUAUGCUGACUCCCGUCCCCGUUACGCCUGCCCCCGAGGUUAUUGCGCGCUUUGCAUUGAACGUAACUCCGGAGACACCAUCCACUGAUAUUGACGACGAAGAUCCGCUCGCAGCGAGAGAGGUGCUGAUGACUCGCACCUGUCCCCCGAAACCGAGCGCAUGCCAGCAGCUGGGAGAGGGCAUUCUGCGCAAGGAGAAAGACCAGGGUGUGAUGAUGCGCCUAAUGGCUGCUCGACGCAAGAGCUUGCAGUUUGCCCCUAAGAUCGGAAGCCCGUUGGCGAAGGCUUGGAACUAA